AUGUCGAUUCCAAGCAUCAACCUCGAGCACGCAUUUACGCUUAAACUGCCCAUCGGACCGUCACUUGCGAUUCCCGGCACCCCGGUUGGUGAUCGCUCUUACAUCCCCGUGCUGGGCGGAACACUGACAGGAGACGGCCUUGAAGCCAAAAUUACCCCCGGCGGCGACUAUGCCAUUGUCAAGGACGGCUGGGGCAAGCUCGACGUGCGCGUUCAUGCCGUGACGUCUGAUGACGAGGUCAUCUACAUCCAGUACUAUGGUCAGCUCGAAGUCACGCCCGCCGUGGGCAAGAUCUUGGGUGGCGACGCAGCAGCCAGGUCGACCAACUUCGACGACGGAUACCUCUUGACAACCCCAGUCCUCGAAGCGCCCGUCAGCUCGAAACAUGCCUGGGUCAACCGUACCAUCUUUGUUGGCAAGGGAAAGCUUGAGGUUCUGAGCGACGGCGUCACUGUUGUGUACGAGAUCUUCAAGGCCAAGUGA